UGGUUCACACAGGAAGACGAUUUUAAAUAUUUAUUAUCGAUAUAUCACUAGUAAACAUAAAACCAGAGAUAAACCAAAGCGCAAAUAUUCAAUAAAUAAUUAAUUGAAUAUAAAAGAUGACAAACAAUUGGAAGAAAUAUAUAUUGUGGUUUGCACAAGAGCACUUAGAUUUCCGUGUUGCCGAAUUCAACUCCAUCAUCAAGUUAUUUGGUUUAAAGCAUCGAACAUUAAUUGAUAACGUAUUGAAGCCGUUUUGGAUAGUCGAAUUUGCCAAUGAAGAAGCAGCCAUUCAAUUUGCCUCGCGCUCUGUUAGCCUGCGCAGUAUUUAUGAACUGUGGGGCCACUCGAAUAACCUAAAAAGUUUCCAUGAAAUUCUACAAAAUAAUAUAAAGGCUAAAGAAAACGUUAUGGAAGCAUAUAGUAAAAAUUCAUUUAAAAUAGUGGUUGAGACAUAUAACAAACAUAUAUCGCAAAAGGAAAAAGUGGCAAAAAUUGAGACGCUAGAGUACUUACCAUUUCAUGGUGAUGUAGAUUUGAAAACACCACAAACGGAGUGGUGUUAUAUAGAAUUUUACGGUCUUGAUCCAACUGACGUUCCAACCGAACCAGAUGAUAUACUUUUUGGGCGACUGAUUGCCAAUGGCCAACGAGAGCUUAUAAAGGAACUUUCGUUGAAAAAACGUAAAUUUAUUGGGAAUACUAGUAUGGAUGCGCAGUUGAGUCUACUUAUGGUAAAUCAAGCUCUUGUUAAGGAGGGUGAUUUAGUUCUGGAUCCGUUUGUUGGAACGGGAUCACUUCUGGUGAGUGCAGCAAAGUUUGGUGGCUAUGUACUUGGAGCAGACAUUGAUUUUAUGAUGUUACAUGGCCGCUCACGUCCAAGCCGUAUUACACAAAAAGUCCGAGAAAGGGAUGAAAGAGUGCGUGCCAAUUUAGAACAAUAUGGCUGUGGCGACCGGUAUAUAGAUGUAAUCAUAUCAGAUUUUUCCAAUCCGCUUUGGCGAGAAGGUGUCGAAUUUGAUGCAAUUAUAACAGAUCCUCCAUAUGGCAUUCGGGAAUCGACCGAAAAAGUAGAAUCAAAGGCGACUUCAAAGCAAAAUACACGAACUAAAGAUAUGCCACACUAUCCAUCUACCUCCCAUUAUUCUUUACAACAACUGUAUAUGGAUCUACUCCAUUUUUCCGCACAGCAUUUAAAAGUAGGUGGGCGCUUGGUGUGCUGGUUACCAUAUCAUAGAGAUGACUACACUAAUGAAAUGAUACCGCAACACAGUAGCCUAGUUUUGGUAGGUAAUUCAGAGCAGCCACUUUCAGGACUCACAUCUCGUCGAUUACUUACAUAUGAAAGACGUGAUAUUCAUGCAACAGAUGACAGUGAGCAACCGUCAUGCGAAUUCCCGAAUUCGUACGAUUUUCGUGACCGUUAUUUUAAUAAUGCACCAGAAUCACGCACCGAGAGGCGCACACGAAAAGCAGAACAACGCGAACUUGGUCGAAUAGAGGCCUUAAAAAGAGGAAAAAUUAUUACAGACAACAAAGAGGCUAAAAAUAAUUUAAAUAAAUCUCGUUUUAAUUAAAA